CUUAAGAGGAAUAAUUAUGAAACCAGAAAUAGCAAUUAUUUCAUUUUAGCUUCACAAGUAUUCAUUUUUCAUAUAAAAAUUUGUAUGAUAAUAUUCUCAAAGUCUUUCCCAUGUUUCCUUUAGGAGGUGGUGGUGUUUUACCAGGCUUUCCUUUUCAAAGUCCCUUUCCAAUACCUUCUGGGUCGUUUCAACGAAACUUGAGAGCAUAUCCUGUCUCUUUUAUUGAUAAACCUCAACUAGAAAAUGGAGAUAAAAUAGUACUUCCUCCUAGUGCUUUGGAUGCUUUGACGCAAAUGCAGGUUUCCUAUCCUAUGUUGUUUCAGUUGGAAAGUUCAGCUGGAAGAGUUACCCACUGUGGAGUUAUGGAAUUUAUUGCAGAGGAAGGUUUUGCUUAUUUGCCUUAUUGGAUGAUGCAAAAUAUGGCUGUUGGAGAAGGUGAACUGAUAAAGAUACGCAAUGCUAAUUUACCUAAAGGAACUUUUGUCAAACUUCGACCUCAGAGUUCAGAGUUUUUGGCAAUAUCGGAUCCUAAGGCAGUUUUAGAAGCCAGACUUCGAAACUUUUCAUGCUUAACUCAAGGAGAUACUAUAGCCAUUCACUAUCUAAAUAGAAUUUAUUGGAUCGAUAUUCUACAAGUACAACCAGGAGAUGCCAUAAGUAUUAUUGAUGCUGACGUCAAUGUAGAAUUUGCUCCACCUGCAGAUAUGGAAACAAAGCAAUACAAUGAAAAUAACAACUCUUCAAAUAGCAGUUUGCCUUCUACAAACUCCUUCGGUACAAAUAUGAAGAAAGAUGAUACACAAACCAAUUUUAUUUCAGACUCCAAAGCAAAACUCGAAGAAAGAAGAAAUGCAGCUAUUCAAUCAUUUCGUAAUGCAAGACAAGGACAUCGUGCUUUACAUGAUUCGGACUCUGAAUCUUCGGAAGAAGAGGAUUCUCCGACAACUAAGAAAGCAUUCGUUCCAUUUGGGGGUGAAGGCCGAAGUUUACGUGGAACUGUUUCUUCCAAGGUAGAAAAAGAAACGCAAUCCAAAGAAAAUUCUACCAACGAUAAGACGAAUCCUUCUGCUGCUAGUUUUGUUCCUUUUAGUGGAAAAGGGAGAACUCUAAGAGAUUAAAUACUUUCGAGAGUCAUGCAAAGAAUAUUAAAAAGUAGUUUCAUGAU